CCCGCAGUCAACGCAGGGGGAAGGCCUCAAGUCGACCGUGGCUGGCCCGUUUCCUCCUCCCCUGCACCUCAUGCUGACGGUCCUGACCGCCGUGUACUACACCUGCCUACGGCACCUGCCCUUCGCCCACUCUCAACCACCGGCCUUCGAUGCCGGCGCCGGCCACAGUGGCGCUGCUGACGAUGGUGGAGGAGGGCGAGGAGGCGAUGAUGUCGCCGUUGAUGUCUCAUUGUCGGAAGAGGAGACGGACGCUCUCCCCGGGGCGGAGUCGAACCUGGUCUUCAGUCAGUACGCCUCGCAGGUGGUCGACUUCAGCUCGCAGUACGGCUCGGAGGGCAGCCUCUCCUACACCAUGGGGAACCUGGCGGGGCCGCCCAGCGUCUUCCCGGCGCACGGCGACGUGACGCAGGCGGCCGUGCCGCGCACCUACGGCCGCUGGUGGCAGCGGGGGGCGGCCCCGCCGGCGCGCGCCCCGCCGGCGUUCCGCGCCCGCGACUUUGUGGAGGUGGCGUUCGCUCGCGCCGUGCGCCCGAGCUCCGUCGGCGUGCUGGAGGUGUACAACCCCGGCACCGUUGUCCGCAUCCUCGCCAGGGAGAGCGGCGCCGGGGCCGACGGGAAGGGGCCGCGCUGGGCGACGCUGUGGUCGGGCCCCCCCAAGCUGCUGGGAGCGAACCGGUCGCGGGAGUUUUGCCCGCGGAUCCGCCGGCCGGGUUUUGCGACAGAGCUGCUGCGCCUGGAGCUGGACUGCUCGCUGUGCGACUACUACACCGAGCUGGACGCCGUGGUGCUGCGCGGCACCGCUGCCGCCACCACCACCACCGCCGCCACCGGCCCCCCGUACCGACCGGUGGGGCGCGCCGAGGAGCGCGCCGGCCGUGGGCGAGGAGGGAGCGACGGUGACGACGCCGAGGCCGAUGACGACGACGAUGCCGAUGACGAUGAUGAUGUUGAUGAUGACGACGACGACUAUGACGACGAUGGCGAUGACGACGACGACGACGAUGAUGGUGGUGACAUCAACGGCGAUCAUGAGGAUGACGGUGAUGGUGGUGGUGGCGGCGAUGGUGGUGGUGGCGGCGAUGGUGGAUGCGGAGGAGAUGGGUGGAAGGUCAACGAAAAGAUGCCUCAGGCCACCAGGAGCUCGGAGGCUGGCAGCGGGAAUGGCUACUUUGACUUGCUGCCAUACGAGCUGAUCCAGCUGAUCCUGUCCCACGUGCCGCUGCGGGACCUGUGCCGCCUGUGCCGCACGUGCCGCCUGCUGCGGGCGCACGCCGAGGACCCGGCGCAGUACCAGCGCCUCGACCUGCGCCCCUACUGGCCCAGCGUGGGCGACGCGCAGCUGCAGGCGCUGGCGCCGCGCUGCACUCACACGCAGGCCCUGGGCCUCUCCUGGGCCGGGGGGCGCGGCCUCGUCACUGUCGGGGGGUUCGUGCGCUUCCUGGAGGGCUGCGGGCGGGGGCUGUUGCGGCUGGAGCUGUCGUGCUGCGAGUUUGUGACGGAGGAGAGCGUGGGCGCCAUCGCGCGCUGCUGCCCGGCGCUGCGGGCGCUCGACCUCUCCUGCUGCCGUGACACCGCCGCCGCCACCACCGCCGCCGGUGCUGCCGGUGUCGCCGGUGCCGGCACGCCGCAGCCGGCGUCGACCUUCCGUCCCCUCGCCUCGCUGCACGAACUGCGCCACCUCAACCUCUACCGCACCGGCGUGGACGAGGAGGUGCUGUCGGAGAUCAUCGGCGCCUGCCCACAGCUCCAGACCCUGAACAUCGGCAGCUGCGUCCAGGUGGAGAGCGGUGACGACGUGCUGGUCGCUCUGGCGCGCUCCUGCCCGCACCUGGAGGCGUUGGACGCGUGGAGGCUGCACGGAGUGACGCACGUUGGUCUCGUGGAACUCGUCGUGUCCUGCACUCACCUACAGGAGCUCGACCUGGGCUGGUGCUCGGGCCUGCAGAGCGGCACCGGCGUGUUCCAGCUGCUGGCGCGCAGCCUGCCGGCGCUGCGCCGCCUCUACCUCACCGCCAACCGCACGGUGGGCGACCACGACCUGGCGGCGCUGGCGCGGCACUGCCCACGCCUCCAGCAGCUCGACAUCCUGGCGACUGCCAACGCAACCUGCCCGCCCGCCGGCACCGUCUGCCCGCUCGCCGGCACCGUCUUGCCAAUCGCCGGCGCAAUCUGCCCGCCCACUAGUGCCGUCGACACGCCCGCGCUGCCGCUCGCCUGCCUGCUCGCUUGCGUCAUCGCCCGCUCGCUCGCCCCGUCGCUAACGCUGCCGCUCGCCCGCCUGCCCAGUCGCUAG